CGGAAGGUGCUCUACCUGUAACUAGCGUUAGAGAUAACUAUCUCUUUUAAUUCAAAGUCUUAAGCCUGAAACCUUUAUCCAUUUUCCUUCAGCUCGGAGAAUAUAAUUUAAGGUUGAUCGUCAUGCAUGAGAAAGUUCGCAUCAACAGCGCAGAUGUGAAAUACACUGAGAAACACAUCGAGUCGCGUUACUGUUACCACACUGCCUCUGUGCGCAGAGAUGGAGACACGUCCACUGUGACGCCCUCCAGCACCGAGUUCAUCUUCCGCACCGAGAGGAAGGUGCCCAGGCUGGGGGUGAUGCUGGUGGGAUGGGGGGGAAAUAACGGGACCACGGUCACAGCUGCGGUCCUGGCCAAUAAACUGGGUCUGACCUGGAAAACCAAGACCGGCCUGAAGAAAGCGAAUUACUAUGGCUCGUUGCUGGAGUCGUCUACGGUGUGUCUGGGAUCCGGUCCGGAUGGAGAGGUUUACGCUCCCUUCAGAGAUCUGCUGCCAAUGGUGCAUCCCAAUGACAUCGUGUUUGAUGGCUGGGAUAUCUCGUCUCUGGACCUCGGCAGAGCCAUGGAGCGCGCUCAGGUUCUGGACUGGAGUCUUCAGGAGAAGCUCUGGCCACACAUGAGCCAGCUCAAACCCAGACCCUCCGUCUACAUCCCAGAAUUCAUAGCUGCUAACCAGGAGCACAGAGCUGACAACCUCAUCAGAGGAAGCAAAGCAGAGCAGGUGGCUCAGAUCCGCAGAGAUAUCUGUGAUUUCAGAGAGAAGAGCGGCGUGGAUAAAGUCCUCGUUCUCUGGACGGCGAACACCGAGCGAUUCUGUGACGACUCCGGAGUCAACGACACGGCCGAGAACCUGCUCAACAGCAUUCAGACGGGGCGUGAAGUGUCUCCCUCCACCAUGUUUGCGGUGGCCAGUGUUCUGGAGGGCUGCGCCUACAUUAACGGCUCGCCGCAGAACACCUUUGUCCCCGGAGCCGUGGAUCUGGCCCUCCAGCGCGGCGUCUUCAUCGGUGGAGACGACUUCAAAUCCGGACAGACCAAACUCAAGUCUGUGCUGGUGGACUUCCUGGUCAGCGCUGGAAUCAAGCCAACGUCUAUAGUGAGUUAUAAUCAUCUCGGCAACAACGACGGUCUGAAUCUGUCGGCGCCGCAGCAGUUUCGCUCUAAAGAAAUCUCCAAGAGUAACGUGGUGGAUGACAUUGUGCAGUCGAACCCUGUAAUGUACCGACCCCGAGAGAAACCUGACCACUGCGUGGUUAUUAAAUAUGUGCCCUAUGUGGGCGACAGCAAGCGUGCGAUGGAUGAGUACACGUCUGAGAUCAUGAUGGGAGGAACAAACACCAUGGCUCUGCACAACACCUGUGAGGACUCUCUGCUGGCCAAUCCCAUUAUUCUGGAUCUGGUGAUCCUGACAGAGCUGUGUCAGAGAAUCACGUUCUGCACGCAGGACGAUCCGGUUUUCCAGGGUUUUCACAGCGUCCUCUCACUGCUGAGCUUCCUCUGCAAAGCUCCUCUCGUGCCGCAGGGGGCUCCGGUGGUCAACGCCUUCUUCCGCCAGCGUGCGUGCAUCGAGAACGUCAUGAGGUCAGACGCCAUUAGUCAUUAGUCAUUUUUAUUUAUAUAGCACCAUAUAAUUGCAAUGUUCAUUGUCCAAGGUGCUUAAAUUACAAUUCAAAGAUAAAACUAAAU